GUUUUAGGGAGCAAGCCAGCGCUUCCUGAGAGUGAUGAUGGUGAUGAUGAGCUGGCCGACAUUACAAACAGGAGAAGUGCUAAACUAUAUAUGGUGUCAGAUUCAAGUGGAUCCAUGAAGGUGUCCAUGGUUGCAGAGGAAAACCCCUUCUCCAUGGCUAUGCUUUUGUCUGAGGAGUGCUUCAUUUUGGAUAAUGGUGCUGCAAGGAAGAUCUUUGUGUGGAAAGGCAAAGAUGCUAACCCACAAGAGAGAAAAGCUGCCAUGAAGAAUGCUGAACAAUUCAUACAGCAGAUGAAUUAUCCUGCCAACACACAGAUUCAAGUCCUUCCUGAAGGAGGUGAAACGCCAAUUUUCAAACAAUUUUUCAAAGACUGGAAGGAUAAAGAUCAAAGCGAUGGCUUUGGCAAAGUAUAUGUCACAGAGAGAGUGGCUAAAAUUGAGCCCAUUGAAUUUGAUGCUACCAAGUUACACGAGUCUCCACAAAUGGCUGCCCAGCAUAACAUGGUAGAUGACGGUUCAGGGAAAGUAGAGAUCUGGCGUGUGGAAAGCAGUGGCAGAGUUCCUGUGGGACCUGAGACAUACGGACAGUUCUACGGUGGUGACUGCUACAUUAUCCUCUACACUUACCCUAAAGGGCAGAUUAUCUACACAUGGCAAGGAGCCCAUACUACAAAAGAUGAACUGACUGCAUCUGCAUUUCUGACUGUUCAGCUGGAUCAGUUAUUGAAUGGUCAGGCUGUGCAAAUCCGAGUCAGCCAAGGCAAAGAGCCUGCACAUUUACUGAGCUUGUUCAAAAACAAACCACUUAUUGUCUACAAGGAUGGCACAUCCAAGAAGGAAGGUCAGAAACCUGCUCCACCCACACGACUCUUCCAAAUCCGCAGGAACCUGGCAGCCAUUACUAGGAUUGCGGAGGUCGAUGUUGACGCAGUGUCACUAAAUUCUAAUGAUGUCUUUGUUCUGAAACUGCCAAACAACUCUGGCUACACCUGGGUAGGAAAAGGAGCAAACAAAGAAGAGGAACAAGGAGCUCAAUACAUUGCCAGCGUUCUUAAAUGCCAGACUGCUAAGAUUAAUGAAGGCCAGGAACCCGAGGAAUUCUGGAAAGCACUUGGAGGCAAAAAAAAAUAUCAGACUUCAUCACGACUCUUGACAAAGGCUGAAGAUCAUCCCCCUCGCCUGUUUGGUUGUUCUAAUAAGACUGGCAGAUUUAUUAUUGAGGAGGUCCCAGGUGAAUUCACUCAGGAUGAUUUGGCUGAAGAUGAUGUCAUGUUGCUGGAUGCUUGGGAGCAGGUUUUUGUCUGGAUUGGGAAGGAUGCUAAUGAAACUGAGCAACAGGAAUCUGUUAAAUCUGCCAAACGCUAUAUUGAAACAGAUCCUUCAGGCAGAGAUAAGGGGACCCCCAUUGUAAUCAUGAAGCAGGGGCACGAACCUCCGACAUUCACAGGCUGGUUCCUGGCUUGGGACUCCAACAAAUGGAAGAACUGAUCUAUCCAAGGAGGCUCCAGCUUCAAGCCAAAGAAUGAUCAGAACCCAGCUACUUUCUAGUAUUUUUAAGCAUAAGCUUAUGCAACAAUAUGAUGCAUUUGUUGUUACGCUUUCCCGAGCUUUGAU